GCGCCAAGUCCAGUUUAUUGCAUCUGUUACGCAUUUCGCAAGCGCCGGAAACGUGCUCUCGAACGCUGAUGUGUUAUUUUGCUUUGGUAGUUAUUUAGUUUUAGGUAUUAUUCUUUAAAAACUAGAUGCUGUUAGACUUUUAGAAACCUAAAGGGAAAACUGUUAUCCGGUGAAGAACAGUUGCACAAGAAGGAGAACUCAGAGGAGAUGGCGCCGAAAGGAAAAGUUGGAACCAAAGGCAAAAAACAAAUCCACGAGGAAAACCAGGAUACUCUCAAGUUCUACAGCAGGAUCAUCCUGGGAGCAAAUGCUAUUUAUAUAGCAGUCAAUCUCUUGCUGUUUUACAACUCCAGUUCAUUUUGGACAUGGUUCUCGCUCAUGUUUGCAGUGGCGGUCUACGUUGGCAGCUACAGAUCUAUGUCAGCAAUGGCCAAACCUGCAUUUGCUGAAGACGGUAGCUUGCUGGAUGGAGGCAUUGACCUUAAUAUGGAACAGGGCAUGGCAGAGCACCUAAAGGAUGUCAUUCUUCUUACUGCAAUUGUCCAGGUGCUUAGCACUCUGUCAUCCUACUUCUGGUACCUUUGGCUUCUGGCACCUGCAAGAGCUUUACAUUUGUUGUGGGUGAACUUCCUGGGACCCUGGUUUUCUGCUGACUCGCAGGCAGCUCCUGAAGAGAACGAGAAAAAUGACAAGAAACAGAGGCGACAGGAAAGACGACAGAUGAGGAGAUUCUAGAUUUGUCGGUUUAUUAUUUUUUUUUACAUUAUUGUACAAUUACAAAGAACAAUCUAAAUUAUUCAGAGAUAUUUGAUGUGAUCCAGACAAUAGAUGGGCAUUGUAAAGUGUCUGACUUCCUCACUUUUCAUCAACUAUUCCGUCCUUUUUAACCCCUUGGUUCCCUUCUCCAGCUAUAUGUCUGUCUUAAAAUCACUAGCUCAGGUUUGUCUCAGUCAUACAGCAUAUCUGCCUUCUGAGUGGAGCUCCACACACUUUUUUUCUUUAAAUGAGUUUAACUUGCAUAAAUUGCCUUUGCCUACUAUAGUGAGCUUUCAUGUAAUUAGCUUCUGUUUCCACUAAACAGGUGCAGCUACAUGGCCCAUUGCCCUCAGGCUACAUGAGCUUUCACGUUGUACACUCACAUUUCACAUUAUUUUCAGGAUUCAUGCUUAGGCCUUUCAGCAAAUGUUGCUUUGAUUGUUUCAGUAUGAGGGGAAAUAAUGUACUGAUUCUGCAUCAAAUGUGAUUUUUUUUUGUUGAAGCUACAUGUGCAGCUGGUGUUGCCUUGAGGAAAUGGAAAGAAUUUAUAUUUGUGUACAUGCAUACGUACACCUUUAAUACACAUGACCUCAGUAUUGACUGCCAUCAGUUUCAAUGGAGUAAAGAUGUGCAAAAAAUAUAUAUACAGCAUAUUAACAAACUGGGUAAAACCAGUUGUUUCAGGUAAAAAAAAAAUUAUGGAUACCCAAUGAUUAUAAAUAAACUAUUA